AUAAGAUUCUACUACUAAUAUUUUGGUCUUUUGAGGUCCGUUGAUGCUCUUACACGUGAACCACCCCUCUUAGCUUAACUCAUCAAUCUCAAAAGCAAAAAGCUGAUCAUUCUUCCUAUGAAAUUUUGCUAAUUAAUCCUCAAAAGAGGGUUAAAGUACUUGUCUUUCAAAAACACACACACACACACAGUGACAUAGACAUCCUUUUUGAUUACCUGCUUUUGUUGGUAUGGUAUUUGUUGAGAGCUAUAAAAAAGUAGUACUUGGUCCAAGUCAAUUCUGCUAAAAACUGGUGAAAUCACCACCUCUUCUCUUCUCCUCUUUUGAUCAUCCACAAUUACCUGAGAAUUGGCAGAGCUUUCAGCCCCAAAGAACAGGGGCAAAAGGUUGAAUGGGUACACAUAAUAAAGAUGUGACAGAUGAAGUUUCCUCUGAAAAAUUACAGCGGAAACAGGACCUUGACGCUGUUACUUACAGAUCAGAGUCAAAAGAGAAAGGAAUCUGUGAGUCAAUGUCAGCUGAAGUUAUUUCUGGUGAACUACAGAAGAGAGUGAGCCCCGAUGCUUUGGAAAAGUCAUCACAAAGUAAUCAAGAUGAAAAUGCACUUUCUACGACAUGCCAAGAAGUAUCGGGUGAAGUCAAGCCAAAGAAGAGUGUCGUUGAAGGGAUUGAAAAAUUUCAGCAGAAACCGGACCCUGACACUCUCACCAACAGAUCAGAGUCAAAAGAGAAAGGAACCUGUGAUUCAGUUUCAGCUGAAGUUGUUUCUGAUGAACUACUUAAGGGACUGAGCCCCGAUUCUUUGGCAAAGGCAUCAGAAUCUAGUCGAGUUUCUGUUCUACCAAAGAAGGAACCAUACAUAAAAUCUUGUGAAUCAGAUUCUCCUGUAAAAGACAGAAACGUUUCCUUAGUACCUGGGAAAGCUUCAGAAUCUUCACAACAUAUACAACGUGAGAAAAUGGAAGUUGUUGUAUCUCAACCUAAUCAAGAACAAGUAACUUGUUCCACAAGGCCUGAGAAAGCUUUGGAUAAGUUGCAACCAAGGCGGAACCUUGAUACGAGUGUCCAGGCUUUGCCAUCUGAUCAAGAAAUCACUCCUUUCAGAUCACCUGAAAAACCAUCUGAAGAUGGAUAUAACUGGCGAAAAUAUGGUCAGAAACUUGUUAGAGGAAAUGAGUUUACUCGGAGUUAUUACAAAUGCACGUCCCCUAAUUGUCUUGCAAAAAAGCAAGUGGAGAGAUCACAUGAUGGGCAUAUUACCAAUAUCCACUAUAUCGCAAAGCAUGAACAUCCAAAACCUUUAGAUAGUCCCCAAAUCUCCCCCGAGUUUGUAGUGCCUAUGCAAUUGAAACAAACAAACAUGCCAAUGGGAACAUCACGGGAAGCUGAAGGUAAGAAAUCUAUUGUGAUUGGUCAAACAUGUCAAUCUAUCGAACCAUCGGAGAGCUCGCUUUCAGCGGCUAUUGUACCAGCUGGUGGUAGCGCAACAGAUACAGUUCUGAAGCCACAUAAAUCAGGAGAUGAGGCCGAUAAUAGUGGUGGUCCGGACGCAAAGAGACAGAAGAGAGAAGUACCUAGAAGUGAUGAGAUUCCACCUAUUAAGUCUCAUAGUGAACCACAGCACAUUGUUCAAACAAGGAGUGAAGUGGAUAUAGUCAAUGAUGGGUAUCGGUGGCGCAAAUAUGGGCAAAAACUGGUAAAAGGAAAUCCAAAUCCUAGGAGUUACUACAGAUGCUCAAGUGCCGGUUGCCCUGCAAAGAAGCAUGUGGAGAGGGCAUCCCAUGAUCCAAAAUUAGUUGUUACAGCGUAUGAAGGGCAGCAUGACCAUGAAAUACCGCCUUCUAGGACUGUUAUGCAAAACUCGGCAGGGGCUGAUUCUAAUAAUACAACCAGAAUAAGUGGAGAGUCCACAUCUGAAUCAGGUGAAAACAAACAUGUUGGACUUGACAGAGUUGUUCAUAUUGGUGCAAAUUGAGCACAAAGGAGAGAAGCAAGGAUUGAAUAUAUGUAUAGGAACCUCUGAUUUAACCUCAUAAUUGGUUUGAAUUCCUAAAUUUACUGUAUAAGUUAUGUUGUCGAACAAACGCAAACAGAGUGUAGAUUUGAUCAUAUGUAUCUAAUUGUUGCCAAUUGAUCAGGCUACUUUAUCUCCUUCAACUAGUUUUUAUACAUAAAUAAGAUAGCUUGUUGCAAUU